GUUAAUAUCAGUCACCAAAGAUGGUCCACUUCCAGCCCCACGGGACAUAAGAACCGCUCCACACAGCGCAAGUUUUCUCUGGACGGCCGCUUUGUUUCAGUUCGUUGUUGGAAUCAGAGAGAGACGUUGCAAUGAGCGGUGUGGUCGUGCAGAACAUGUCCUUUAAAGUUGGCCAGACUCUUAUGGCUACAGGAGUCCCCACUGCUGAAUCUACAAAUUUUAUCAUUAACAUUGGUCACAGUCCUGAGGAAAUCGCUCUACACUUUAACCCUCGUUUUGACGCCCAUGGUGACCAGCGCACUAUAGUAUGCAAUUCAUACUUGGGUGGCAGCUGGUGUGAGGAGAGCAGAUCGGGCUCCUUUCCCUUUAAUCUAAAGGAACCGUUCGAGAUAAAAAUAAGGUUCACCAAUGAGGAAUUCCAUCUGACACUUUCAGAUGGCUCUGAGAUUCACUUCCCUAACCGUCCAGGAGCUGAAAAGUACAAGUACAUGAAUUUUGAUGGUGAUGUCAGGAUCCAUGGGAUUGAAAUCAAGUAGACUAGUCCAAAAGGAGAACUAGAUUAAUAAAGAUCACUGAUUUGUCCUUUAUUUUCGGUCUUAAAUUGUCAUAUAUUAAGCUGUAUUAUUCUAAAAAUUUUACUCACUGUGGAGACAGCAAUCUUUCAAGUCUCUCAGUCAGAUUCCUUCAUUUGUAUGUCGAAGUUGCAAAAAUUCCUAUGCUGUAAUGCCAUACUCAACCACUAGAUGAAGCCAAACUACGGUAAAUUAUCAUGGGCUUUAGAAUAAAUGUAGACUAAUCUAAUGUUGGAGGUGGUUGAUGUUUUCCAGACUAGGUUAUUUACUUGCUUUUCUCAAGUUUUCCUAUAAUACGACUUAAUCUCUCCUGAUUUGUUACUAAAGCACAUUCAUUACAUAAGCCUGUUGGUGUUAGCAGUUCAAAUAAAACCGCGUGUUCUUACCAAUAAACAAAACCCCAUUUA